CAAAAAGUUAGUCAAUUUAAAAAUUCAUUGACUAAAAUGAUGAACGAACUGUACCAGAUUAUAUCCUUUUGCCAUGGGGCUCUAGGCAGGCGCAGAGAAAAAUUAUUAAAUCAUGGGUUUGUGGGUAUGACAAUUGACGUAGUGUUUUUAUAUGGUUCAGCUUGAAGAGAAUUAUUUUUUUGUGUCUUAAAUAUAUUUUUAUGACAUUUUUACAAGUAUACGUUCAAGUAUGUCGAACAGAUCGCGCGUACAGAGCCAUUAUUCGUUGCAAAAACACUCAAUUACAUUAUAUAUUUAGAAACAUAUCUUUGGAAUAGUGCAACCAUCUAUCAAUAAAAGAAAUUAGAACUAGUGAAGACCUCUUAGCAAUGGCAGCACAAAAACGACGUGUGAUCAGCACUCAAGAAACUACAUCGGGAGGUUCAUCCACACAGUUGUCGGCGUUGGGAUCAGCACCCGGUACUCUAACUGAUGAACUGGCUGCAUUAUUUGAAUGUCCAGUAUGUUUUGAAAUUGUAUUACCUCCGAUUAUGCAGUGUCAAGUGGGCCACUUAGUAUGCGCCAGUUGCCGCCCUAAGUUGUCUUGCUGUCCGACCUGCAGGGGUACUCUUGGAAAUAUUCGAAAUCUAGCGAUGGAAAAAGUAGCUAAUAACUUAAUGUUCCCCUGCAAGCACAAGGCAACUGGAUGUCGCAUGUCUUUGGGACUGAAUGAAAAAGCCGAACAUGAAGAAGUCUGUGAAUUCCGCCCAUACAGUUGCCCUUGUCCAGGGGCAUCUUGUUCCUGGCAAGGACAGCUGGACAAGGUUAUGGUGCACUUACAACAUUCACAUAAAAAUAUUACCACUCUAAACGGAGAAGAUAUUGUUUUUCUGGCUACUGAAAUCAAUCUAGCAGGAGCAGUUGAUUGGGUUAUGAUGCAAAGCUGUUUCGGGCACCACUUUAUGCUAGUCCUAGAGAAGCAGGAGAAGAGUGAUGGACACACUCAGUUUUUUGCCAUUGUUCAACUUAUUGGAUCUAGAAAACAAGCUGAACGCUUUGCCUAUAGAUUGGAAUUAAAUGGGAAUCGAAGGCGCCUAAUAUGGGAAGCUAUGCCUCGUUCAAGUCAUGAAGGAGUAGCUUCUGCUAUAAUGGGAUCUGACUGCUUGGUGUUUGAUAACUCUAUUGCUCAGCAUUUUGCUGACAACGGCAAUUUAGGUAUCAACGUUACCAUAUCCUUAGUUUGCUAGAACAUUUAAUUGAAAAGAUGUAUUUUUAAAUAGUAAUUUUCAUGACUGCAAGUAACUGAUAAUUUAUAGAACUGUAAAUAUGUCAAAUAUCGAUAUUUUAAAAUGUAUGCAUCAGGUUGCUUAUUUGUUCUGUUAAAGUUUAAAUGCUUUUUCUGGUUCAUUGCUUGUGAUUUAAUUUAGCGUUCGGUGAAGGCGUUUAAUCUUCACACACAACAAAUAUGGUGACUGAUGUUAAUAAAGGUUCCGCGAGCCUUAACACUUUUACAAAGAAUCGUUUUUCAAUUUGAACUGACUGUUAACUUGGACUUAAAUAUGGAUUCACUCGUUUAAUGCCUUGAAGUAUUGAAAACGGGGGUCAUCUUAUAUAGUUUUGGGGUACACGUUUCUUGUGAUUGUGCGCAUUGUCAAGUAUUUUUAUAUAUAGCUGAUCAGUCUGGUCUGCUGGUUUGUAUAUUGUGAGAGAGGAAGGGACAGUAAACUUGUAAAUCCGUAAAUAAAGUUGUUAAUAAACUAACAUUAGAAGACGAUUUUGCUAGUGCUGAGAAAUUUGCACACAUACAUAUUUGAACUGAAACACUUCUAUUAUUGCAUAUCAAUGUCACCUCAUACAUGUAAAAUUGUUGUUAAUUUGUACCAUGAUGAGAACAUCAUUUAAGAGUUAUUUCAUAUUGGAAACUCUACAGAAUAAAUUCGUUUUAAAUUUAUACUUAUCUUUAAAUGACCGUUCCGCAAUUCAUAAUAAAUAACUUAAAAUAUGGGGACAAUUGAGUGAAUGUGUGAUGAUUAGGGCCCUCUCUCAAAAUGGGCAGAUUGUAUUGUAUAUUGUCUAUAGAAUAAGAAUUGUUACAAAUACACUUGAACACCAUUUAUUACGAAUAUGAUAAAAAUCAUUUAGUAAGCAUCCCAUUAGUAGCAGUAGGGUUAUCCCAACUAACAAUUUGUGAUAUAUGAGGUACAGUAAUUAUUUGACCCCCAUUACUGUAGAUCUAUUUAAAUGUUCUUAUUUAUUGUAAUUUUUAACAUAAUUUAGCUGAAUUUCGUUUAAUAUUCGUUGUGUUAGUUUUAGUUCAGUGUAGUUUAACAGAAAUAUCUAUGAUACGUGGUUUGUUACAGUCUUUUGUUUAACGUAUGGUUGAUUGUCGAAAAUAAAAUCAAAAGCGUUCAGCCUAAUCUAUAAUUAAUUCGCCUUUGCAGUGACUUCCACAAAUUUUGCUUACUCAAAUAUUCCAUUAUAAAUUAGGCUGUUCCGUAUUUCAAUUUUUUGCUUCAUACAAAUGUAAGUAAUAAGUAAUGUAAGUUGCCGCAAAGAUAAAUAAACAUUUCAUUUAAAA